AUGCCUUGUGAUAACGAGCUUAUUAGCGCUGAUGAUAUUCCAGCACAAACUGAAAUAUGCUUAUAUGAUACAGGCAGUAAAUUUGAAAACCAAGAUGAAACAACUAGCUUAGUAAGUCACAAUGAAGACGAAGCUGUAGAGUACGAUGUCAAUACUGAUUGCCUUCAGAGUCAGUUACAAACAUGGGUUUUAAAAUUUAACAUUUCACAUAAUGCAUGUUCAGAUUUGCUUUCAUUGUUAAGACAAUCACAUCCUGAUUUGCCAAAGGAUGCAAGAAGUUUGUUGCAAACUGAAAGAAGCAUCACUAUAAAAAGUAUUGCAGGCGGAGAAUAUUUCUAUUUUGGAUUAAAACAUUGGCUUUCUAUUUUAAUGGAAAGGUAUCCUAUCAGGUCUGAAAUUAGUAAAUUGUAUCUGCAUAUAAAUAUAGAUGGAGUGCCAUUAUUUAAUAGCUCAACUGCCAGUUUGUGGCCUAUUCUUUGCUCUGUUCGAGAUGCUGAUUGGUAUCCUUUUCCACUUGCACUUUAUUUUGGUAAAACAAAGCCUAACUCAUUGCAGGAUUAUUUAAAAGAUUUUGUUGCUGAAAUAAAAAUAUUAGAACGAAUAGGUUUUGUUUGUGUGGCAACUGGAAAGCACUAUUUAAUAAAGUUAGAGGCUUUUAUUUGUGAUGCACCAGCCAGAGCAUUUGUAAAGUGCAUUAAACCACAUAAUGCAUAUCAUUCUUGUGAACGCUGCUUUCAAAAAGGUAAGUGGUAUGGCAAAGUCAUUAUGCCCAAUUUAGCCGCACCUCUGAGAUCGGACAUCACUUUUAAAAACAAAGCAGAUAAAAAUCAUCAUGAUGGUUCACGUAUGUCACCUAUUGAGGAAUUAAUAUUGGAUUAG